CCAUGAUGGUGUCGUCUCACGUGCAGCAACAAAAGGGCUUCUGAAGGACGCCUCUUCUGGAUCUGCAGAUGCAUGCGUGACUGACAGCACCUCUGUCGGUGGCGGUGGGGAAGGAGGAGCGGAAGGGAAGCCUGCUAAAAAAGAGAAAAGUAAAGCGAAAGAAGCAGUGAAGCAAAAAGUUAGGGAAGUGAGUUGCUCCGUGGGCUCAAAGGUUGAUACAUCCAGUAAGAAAACCCAAAAAAAAGCUAGUAUAAACAUUAAAGAUCAAGAUCAUCAACCUAUUGUUGCUGUUCCUAAUGUUCCUGCCGAUGUUUCUGGAGUUUCUAGUAGUGCUUUUGCUGUGUCUAGUCCUUGUGCUGCUACUGGUCCUUCUACUGGCGCUGAAGAGAAUCAAAAGUCUAUCUCUGGAGUACCUGAAAAAGUCCC